AUGUCAUCGGGAAACCUGCAACCACUUCUUGCAGAUUACUUAGUCUUAUCAUUGCCUCAAUCAACAAAUGCUAGCCUGUGGUUGGAGCAAUCAUUGAACAGUGGUAAACAACCUUUAUUCAAGUUGAACGUUCCCGACUUUCAGAGUGGUACAUUGGACUCCCUCGUUCAGGAAAGUGAGGAAAUAAGCAAGAUUGACCAACAAUUGGGUGCGUCUGUGUCCAAGGUAGUUGAUAUUGUGAACAAUGUCAAUGAUUCAAAGAAUACCUCUCGAAUUGUUCAAUCAAGAUCAGUAUUCGACUACGUACAAAACUUUCAAUGGAACUCAUCCAAAUAUAGAUUAGACAAGCCGAUUAAUCAAUUGGUGAAAAUAAUUACCAAUGAAGCAUUGUCUUUAGACAAUGACGUUAGAGCAUCUUAUCAAGCCUAUCAAACGGCAAAAUCUAAUUUUUUGGCCGCAGAUAGGAAAAAAAAUGGAGAUUUGUCAAUCAAGUCGUUGCACGAUAUAGUCAAGCCAGAGCAGUUUGUGCAAGACUCUGAACACUUGGCUACUUUGCCUGUUGCGGUCCCCAGCAGUCUUGUAUCUGAUUUCAAGAACAACUACGAAACUUUGACCCCAUUUGUCAUACCCAGAUCAGCCGAGGUGAUUGAAAAGGACAAAGACUUUACCUUAUUUGCUGUGACAUUGUUUAAAAAGUAUCAACAGGAAUUCAUAAACAGUGCACGAGAGCACAAGUGGCAUCCACGUACCGAUUUUGUCUAUGAUGAAGAAGUCCUCAAUAAUUUAAGAAAGGAGUUUGACACUACAAAGGCAGCUGAAGUGAAGCUGAAGAAUGACCUUAUUAGGUUGAGUAAGACGGCGUACCUGGACAUUGUUGCUAGCUGGUUUCACAUUAAAGUGAUUAGAGUUUACGUUGAGGCGGUCUUGAGGUAUGGUUUGCCACCCCAAUUUGAUAAUUUCUUGAUCAAGUUUGAAGGCUCUAAUUUAAAGAGUGUGGGCAAAGCUAAAAAGGAAUUGAUUGAAAAAUUUGGAUACCUUGGAGGUGAUGGGUAUUCAAACAAAGCCAACUUGCACGAGUACGCCUCGUUGGUUGACACUGAUUAUGAGCCAUUUGUUUUGUACGAAUUUGAAAUUGUUUAG